CCAGAAAUUUCAAUCAAAUUAAAUUCCUUUUUCUGACCUUUCCCCUUAUCCAUAUUUUUGGACUUUCAUGCCCUCCUCCAUUGUUGUAUAAGCCAAAUUUAUAUAUACAUACAGGGCCUCUAUAUAUAUUGGCUGAGAGAGAGAGAGAGAGGAACCUUUGAUGGGGUAGCCCUCCUUCCCCACUGUAUCAGCCAAAUAUUUAUAUAUACAUAGAAGGGGUAUUUAUAUAUAGGCUGAGAGAGAAAGAGAGGGAAGAUGAAAUAGAAAAGUGGGUUUUGAUUGAUUAUAUAUUCUGAUGGUGCAAUUUACAGCUGCCAAUACUAUGGAUCUUGGAAAUUUUAGUAGCAUUAGCAGUGUCAGCUUCCACCAUAAUUCUGAUACUAGUUUUAGUUGCAGAUACUUCCAUUUAUCAUCCGCCAUCUUGUCUCCUUCUUCCUUGUGUUUUGGAAGUUCCAAUUUAAUGCCCUUAACGGCUUUUAUUAACUCUUUUAUUAGGUCCAUCUCUAAUUUAAUUCCCAAGCCUUUCCCUGAACAAGGGACAGCUUAAUUUUCAAUUUUCUGGAUCAUAGUUCUCUUUUUCUUUUUGUCCAAUGCUUUUCUUGGCGAAUUUACUGCUUCUACGGGGUGUAGUAGCACAAUCUAUUGCCUCUUGAACCUAAUUUCAUCUACCCUUUUGUUGUUUUCUUGAAAAAUUUGUCUUUUAUACUCAAUUUUCAAGAAUACUCUCCUAUUGCAACACCCCUUUUGUUCCGUUCUUGAGAGCUUGGAAGAUUUCUUUUCUUUCUCAUUCAAGAAAAUUCAAGAAAAUGUUGUGUAUUCCUCUUCAUGGGCUUAAUUAUCGGCAGAUGAGGAUGGUUUCUGGUGGGGUGAAUGCAUCUUCUCCAGCUAUGGCUUCUUUGGGGUCUUGUGGCAGUUAUAGUAAGUGGAUUGGAGAAGCAUUUGUGCUACUACUACUAGUACUUGGCAAUUCCCAAUAUCCCGUUAUUCUUUACGAUCAUCAGGUAUGAAUUUAAUGGUUGUGGUGGAAUUUGGAGUCGUUUUGGGAAAGCAAAGAGGAACAAUUUGAUUGCUACAACUGGGAAUGCUGCCCUUAAGAAGAGAAGAUUGAGUAGUUUACCUCUGUAUUCUUCUGUUCUGGAUGAAUCCCGAAAUUCAUCCAGAACCGACAUCUAUAAGGAGGUUUGAGUAUAUUUCUUUUGAAGUAAUGUAUUCCCUUGGUUUGAUCUAGUUCUAUUGUUGGUUUAAUAAUGAAUUUUAGCCAUGCUGAUUAUCGAUAUCGGUUGUUACUUUGUUUACUCAUCUAGCCACAUGGUAACACAGUUUAUUUUGAGAAUUUAGUGCUAAUUUUGGAAAUAUGUGAAAUUCUUUUAAUCCGUGAUUUAUGUUAUGAUGAUCUAUCAGUUUCUUGAAGCUGCUAGGGAGAGAUUUACUCAGGAAAUUUCUUUCCAGUCCAAGGACAAAGAUAUCUCACUUGCGAAGGCUUUACUUUACAUUGCUGCUGAAGAUGAGGCGUUUUUGGCUUUAAAUAGAGAGAUGGACUCCCAUUUGCUCCAUAACGAAAGGAGAGAUUUGUCAUCACCUUCUGACGCUGAAGAGUGGGAUUAUGUGGAGGCUAUGCCUCUAGCUGGAAAGAAUAUAAGUGAGUGGCUGUCCGAGUUGGAUGCCAUUGCUAAGCAAGUCGAAGCAGAGCUGGUUUCAAGAGAAAUAGGAUGUGAUUUGGUAGAAGUUUUGGAGGCAGUGAACAAAGUUCUUUUUGAGUUGAGAGGUUUCAAAAGGUCAUCCAUAGUAACUGAUUCGAAGUGUUCAUACCUGCACUUUGUAUUAAGCUCAGGAUGUGCCAGCGCAAUUUUGCUUAGCGUAAUUUAUAUUGAGGUUUGUCGAAGACUUAAUCUGACCAUAGUGGGAUCUCGAGUUGGUGAAGAUUUUUUGAUAUGGCCACCAACUGGGAACCCUGAGGAGCUAUUCAAAGUAACUUCUGGACACAGCUUGUUUGGGGUUGUCAAUGGGAAGUGUGUGGACGACCCCCGAUCUAAGGCCUCUGACAUAAAUAGUAAUUCACUCUUGGCGCUUGACAUUGCAACAAAUAGAGAUAUUAUUGGGAUUGCUUUGGCAAAUUUGAUGAGGAUUUACUGGAAACGGGCUUCAAGAAAAAACUACGGAUUGAUGCUGACUUCUCCACUUAGGUCUGUUCAUAAAGCCGAUGAGAAAUUUAACAAGAACGAUGGUCUAAACGUCCCUUUGUUGCGACCUCAGGAGCUGAGACUCGCGAUCAUGGCUUCCCAAAGAUUGCUGAUUCUGCAACCGCACAACUGGUCCUUGAGACGAGAUUAUGGCAUGAUGUUGUACUAUAGUAGAGAAUACGAGGAAGCAGUCCAAGAACUUAGCAUCUGCAUGGCCUUUGCCCCGGAAGAAGAGGCAGAAGUACUAGAACCAUUUGUCGAGAAAUUACAUUUGAUACGGCUGGAAUCAUCAUGGAAAUCAUUGGGGCAAAAAGGUCGGCUAGCAGUUCCUUGACUUGUCUGUUUUCUGUAUAAAAUCGUACUUAUCAACUUGCGUGCUUAUAUGAUAGUUUGUAUAAUAACACCAAUAACGGAUCUCACGCUAUGAACUUACUUCUGUAUAUAUUUUCUUUGAACCAUCUUUUUUGAUUUGCAUGGCUCAAGAAUUUUAUCAAUACAUGUAGAAAACAAA